UUGGCGCCACACUUGUCAACAACUAUGGCACAAGAUGAAAACAAAGAACAACCAAAGAAAGACUGGAAGACGAUAAUAUCUCCUCAGUAUUGGAAAAACAGCGUAUCUUUGUUAUUCACAGAUGCUGAACAAGGAAAUUUUGUUCUCCCUUCGUUGCAAAGCGUCUCGUUUUCAAAAGCUAGUGAGACGAUAGGUAAACAAGUAAAAGAGUCGGCAAAAGAGCUUGGUGCUUUGUUCUCAGCUGAAGAGUGUCCAUCACAACAAGGUUCGAAAGAAGCUCCUUGGGAAGUUUUGACUGCAAGGGAAAAACCUUUUGCAAAAGAAAUUGAAGAGAGGAUAUUGAAGAUAACGAGUGACUGUUACCGGUCUAGAAAAGAAAGGGAAGAAAUAUUUCUUUCAUUAUCUUCGUUGAAAGAUUCUCACUUUCGGUGGUCAAACAACUCUUCGGAGAAGAUGAAACAAGCUAUGGCAGCUCUGGAAAAAGAUCCCAUACUGCCAGACUUACGAGCAGGUUUGGUACCGAAAAGAAUGAGUGAGGAGAAUUUUUGGCGCCAAUAUUUUUAUCUCGUAGAAAAAGUGAAAAAGUCGGUGGUAACGAAUAGUCAGUUUGGACUGUUUGACGAGUGGGAGAGCUGGAGUGAUACUACGAGUCACCCAACUUUGGAACAUAGCCAAGAGAAUAGUGAUUUGGAUAACGAAGUAGAUCAAGUGUUGAAUGAUGUUUUGGAAUAACACGAUUGAAUAUCACGUUGUUUGAAUAAAACUUUAUUUAUGAUU